AUGGGACACACAAAGGAUGCCAGCUCUAUUGCGUGCGCAGUGUAUGCGCAGUACGGGGACGAUGCGACGUCGUUCAAUCGAUUGCUGCGUCAACGCGUGCUUCCCCGCGGCGGGCGCUUCGAUCAUGACACCCAAGACACGUUUAUGUACAUUCAACGCAGCAAGAACCGCAGCGUCGUGGCAUACGCGGCAAACCUACUGGAUGCGGGAACGCGGGGGUCCGUGCCGUCCGGCGCUGGCCGCUGCUGCGUUAUGGAUCCUGCCAACCCCGUACACGCCUACUUCGUCAUACUGGAACCCUCCAUCGUCGAGGAGCGACGGAAGAAGGGUGCCACCAGCGAGAUUAGCGAGCUCACCUUCAUUCAGCGGAAGCUGGCGUAUGGUUGCAGCGCCAAACCACUUACCUCGGUGAAGUCUGAGUUGACGAAAAAGGAUAUUGGACCAUGGCUGAAAUGCUUCGACGCUCAAGCUGUUUCGUACGUUGCGCUACCCGGGUUCCCCCUGCUGCUGCUGGCGCUUCCACCUCUUGGAGACGCAACGGAGCAAAGCGUUGAGGCGGAGGACGCGGGGAGCCCAGAAUGCGCUGAAGGGAUGCAACAGAGGACAGCGGACACGUUGGUCGUGCUGCUAGGCGUCGUGGGCGGCGUGCUUAGCGUCGUCCAGCGGGCCUACGUGUGCAGCAUCGAGCCCAAACAUUUUUACCAACUCCCGACGGUGAGGUACAUUGAAUUAUUUGGCGUCUCUCUGGAGACCGGCGAGGACACGUACGAAAAGAAGCUGAAGUAA